AAUGGACGAUGAAGAUUGUGAAAGGAGGCGAAUGGAAUGCUUAGAUGAAAUGUCAAAUUUAGAAAAACAGUUUACAGAUGUUAAAGAUCAGCUUUACAAAGAAAGGCUAAGCCAGGUUGAUGCCAAACUUCAAGAGGUUGUAGCUGGAAAAGCAGCAGAGUAUCUUGAACCAUUAGCAGCUUUACAGGAGAAUAUGCAAAUUAGGACAAAAGUAGCAGGAAUCUAUAGAGAGCUGUGCUUAGAAUCUGUUAAGAAUAAGUAUGAAUGUGAAAUCCAAGCUGCACGCCAACACUGUGAGAGUGAAAAACUGCUGCUGUUUGAUACUGUUCAGAGUGAACUAGAGGAGAAGAUUCGACGGCUUGAAGAAGAUAGACAUAAUAUUGAUAUCACCUCAGAAUUGUGGAAUGAUGAACUCCAAUCAAGAAAAAAGAAAAAAGAUCCUUUUAGCCCAGAUAAGAAGAAGAAACCUGUGGUUGUGUCCGGGCCAUUCAUAGUUUACAUGUUACAAGACCUAGAUAUUCUUGAAGACUGGACAGCAAUAAGGAAGGCAAUGGCUACGUUAGCACCGCCCCACAGAAUAAAAACUGAAGCACCUGUAAAAACAGAAAAACAUCCUCAUACUGCAAGAUCAGAAGAUGGAAGAUUGCAUUAUGAUGGAGAGUGGUAUGGCCGUGGGCAGACGAUAUGUAUUGACAAGAAAGAUGAGCUCCCUACGAGUGCCAUAAUUACAACUAUUAACCAUGAUGAAGUCUGGUUUAAAAGACAAGAUGGAAGCAAGUCCAAAUUGUAUAUUUCUCAGCUUCAGAAAGGAAAAUAUACCAUAAAGCAUAUAUAGCAUCUACUUUCCUUAAAAACUGACUUUUCCAUACAAAGUGAAAGUACAGGAACAGAAAAAGUGUACUGACAGUAUUUUGUAUUACUGUGGUGAAUCUACUUUUUAGAGGUUUGCUACAGAUUUUUAAUUGGCAUGUUAAGUAUUACAAGUCAUAGUUAUGUAUUUUUUUUUAUCUGUGAUGAUUGUAAUCAUGAUUGCCAUAUGUCAGUGUUACCUCAAUAGUAAGGCAAGUGUGCAGUAUCUGUGGGCUGAAAAUGGCCAUUGGGAAUACAAGUUGUCAUACUUGGUCACAAAGAGGUUGAGAUACAGGCUGUAAUUAUUGUUAUUGUAUAACUUAAAAGCACUGUUGGAACAUAUUACCUCUGAUGAAAGUUAAUUUUCAUUGCCAUAUUUCAAAGCCACAACUGUAGCAUUUAUCUUCAUUAUGAUAAGCCUAUGGCUGGCAUUUGUUUUUGUUUUUUUGUGUUUUUUAAAUGACUAAAGGACUUGCAUUGUACAAAUUUAAUACAGGUUGUGGUGACUGACACCAUUUGUUCUGCCCUUUCAUAUUUGUUUAUAAUUUUACUUGAUUACUUUUACAGUUUUGGUGCUCAUUUAUUGUCUAUAGAUUGUGGAAGUUUGACAAAGAAUUAUUUAUGUCAAUGUAUUUUUUAAAAAUUAACGGCUAGCAGGAUCAGUCCAACAACGCAAGACUAUGUUGUAAAAACAAGUUUACUGAUACCAACUUCUCACAAAUAAAAAACAUAAACACGUUUA